AUGAUUUGCGGGGUGAGCCAGCCUGGGAUUGAGUGCCAAUACUUCCAAAAUGAUGGAAUUUGUUACGGCUGGGUUCCGCAACUUUUGCGGAAUUUGCAAGGUGGAAGUCUAGUUGUCUUCUUCAUUCUUUAUGAACAGGAAGUUUUCCUGAAAAUUUGUUUGGAUCGUGUGGAGGCGGCCAGGAGACUAAAGACCAAAGGACUUAGUGACACUUAUCUCCGGGAGUAUCAACGAUUUGUCAUUUGGGUAAUAAAGAAUAACCGUAUGCCGGACCCAAUGCAGCGACCCUUUCGUUUUACCACAAGAGACAAUGUGGAUAAAUAUUACAUCCACGACUUUACAAAGAGAGAAUUUGGCACCCAAAAUAGUCGCUCUCGGGUCCAUCAAGCGAUACAAAGGUUUUGGGAUUCAGUAGAGUCUUCUUUUUUUAAAGAUUUUGACACCCUAUCACCUUUGAUGGAUGGCGAAGCUAAAAAAUUCAGAGUAAAAGACAGUGAAGCAGUUGAAGCAAGUGUAAUAGAGCAGCAGCGAUAUUACGAUUCAAUCAAAGAAGACAAGUUUGGAGGAACAGAUCCUUUCAAAGGCCUGAAGGCCGACCUUCUUACUAGUACUGAAAAGAUGAAGGUAAUGACCUAUAUUCUAAAUGAUCGACCAGAUUGGAAGGACAUUGGUUGCUCUUUCAAUUGGGGCUGCAAUGCAGGUUUGAGAGGAGAUUCCACGAGGUCUCUCUGUUUUAAAGAUUUGUAUAUCAGCCAUGGAUUUGCUCCAGGACAAGGAAGGAAUCUGACUGCCAUCUUAAGGAAAGAUGAUCAAAAAAGUGACUUCACUACGGAUCGCCUAGUUGGGGUCCUUCGGCAUCGCCAUUACUUGCUAUGUGCCUCAUUCAUGACAUCCAUGAAUGUAAUUCGGAUACUGCAAUUACGUAGCAACGAGGUUCACUUCAAACGUCCGAACAAAAAGAGUCCAGCCGAAUUCUGGCAAAUUCCUUUUGUCGAUUUUACGAAGCUUGCUGACGAAGAAAAUGCCAUGAGAGAGAUUUACGUCAAGACUGGUGUAGAGUCUUGCAAAGUGACCCAUCACCGAACACAUUGUGUAAUGCAUGCUAGUACUGAGGGUUUACAACAGUAUCAAGUUUCAACCCUCACCAAGCACAUGAACGACAAGCUAACAAAAUCAUACUGGGCUGAAAUGGAACGAAGAUCGAUGACUGUGAUGGCUGGAUUUGACAUGGAUGAAGCCUACAAUGUAAGAAGCCAAUUGUUCUUGCGCCCUAAUGCCCUGGGCGUAUCGAUCCAAGUGAAUGGAGAGCGUCCCGAUGGCACAGUGUUCCAGAUUGGAUUGCCACUCGAAAGUAUUGAAGCUUGUAUCCGUGCACUGUUUGGGAAUGAUAUGGAUCAAUGGAAAAGGGAGCAAGAGGCCCCAGAUGGGGACAAGUCUACUUGUGCUCAAAAGUUCUUUUCCAGACUUUUACCAUUUCUGGUCGAAGUUUUGGUCCAAGAUGGAAUCUACUUGAUUAUUGACCAUCCACAACAUGAGAUGUCAAUAAUGCUGCAUAAUAAAAUUCCUGGAUAUGCUCAAUGGGCUGCAAUGAAACGACGUUGGGUCAAAAAUGAGCUUCUGACUUUUGAGCCAAAGAAAAUGGAAGCACUCAAUUCAGCAACACAGAACGCUUUUCAGUCAAUCAUGCGGCAGGUGAAAUACCUUGAAGAUGCUGUUGUUGCAGGUGCAACUAAGAACCAGGCACUCACUGAACAAGUUGAAGCUCUACGACAAGAACUUAGAAACAGAAAUCAAGAGUUCAAUGCAGUACAGCAGAGACGAGAUGAUGCGAUGAGGCACUUCAUUGCUCAAGAAUUACGCAAUGUAGUAGGGAACCAUCAAAUUCAGAACCAUGGUCCACCGACCGGUACUGGUGCGCCAAGUCAACAAGAGGUGCACACUAGAGCCGUUGGAAAUGUUUCAGCAACUCAACCACUGCGGGAGACUGCAGAAAUACUAGUUGCUCCCGAAACCCAACAGAGACCACCAUCGCAACGCCAACAAGCUUUGCAACGAUCUACUGCAGCUCCUACUGUUGUCCAUCUCCAAUCAAUUCCACAUCAACCAGCCUUAGGUAAGGCUUUCCCAAAGCUAUGGUCGGGGAUUUUGCAAAAUUGGAUCAAUCUGAAGCUCGAGAAGUUCAUCCAUGUCCCAAAGAAUGGACGGAAUGGAUGGAACAAUGCAGAGAAUGCCAAAAGGUUUCACAAGCACUACCGAGGAUUCCUAUGUAUUCAGUCGGUUAUGGAAGAAAAUGAAACUGUCAAGGAUCUCAAGGGGGCAGCCUUUUUUUUGGACGACGAGCGAAGAAGUUUGAAGUUAAAUAUGACUGAACAUUUGCAGUUUAGAUGUAAACGUAACCCAAGCAUUCAAAGCAAAACAAUGAAAAAGCAAGCACCCAAGUCCAAUAAUACAGGAAGAGGAACCAAGAGACCCAAUGGUGAUGGUGGUACUACAGUACAACAUCCAAGAAAUAAGCGUUCUCGGCCCAAUAGCAAUGGCAAUGGCAGACCUCCCCUGCCCCCCUUCCACCCAGUGCAACCAAUGCAACAACAUCGUCAACAAAGAGUUGCCGGGCUGAAUAUGCAUCAGCUCGCAUAUGGCUCCAAAGUUGUUGAUAUCGAGGCAAACAGGGGAAUCAGAGGCGUCGCCCAAAGAUAUCAACAACGGACUAUGGCCGUAUCACAAUUCACAAACUCAAGGAAUUCUGCCUACCAUACCACCAACCUGUUGGCAAGAAAGCCUGCUGCAAUUCAAAGAAGAAGGAUUCAAUCGGCGAUUGGCCCCGGGGGGAAACGAGCAAGGAAUAAUCUUCUUCAAGCUACAGUGGCUCCCAUGGCAGAUCAAAGGUUCCAAGAAGCUGUUGCUGGAUUGACCCCUGAUGAAUAUUUGGAACACGCUGAUGCCAUUCGUCAAAAGAAAGUAGCUAUUGCAGCAAGCGUUCUUGCUGAGGUCAACAACAUAUAUAUAACUGAUGCAUUAAUCGUAUUAAAACUAUCUCAAGUUUCUAGAUUGCCGUUAACGGCUGUCAUGGCCAUUUACCAUACGGAGGUAAGAAGCCAAUUGUUCUUGCGCCCUAAUGCCCUGGGCGUAUCGAUCCAAGUGAAUGGAGAGCGUCCCGAUGGCACAGUGUUCCAGAUUGGAUUGCCACUCGAAAGUAUUGAAGCUUGUAUCCGUGCACUGUUUGGGAAUGAUAUGGAUCAAUGGAAAAGGGAGCAAGAGGCCCCAGAUGGGGACAAGUCUACUUGUGCUCAAAAGUUCUUUUCCAGACUUUUACCAUUUCUGGUCGAAGUUUUGGUCCAAGAUGGAAUCUACUUGAUUAUUGACCAUCCACAACAUGAGAUGUCAAUAAUGCUGCAUAAUAAAAUUCCUGGAUAUGCUCAAUGGGCUGCAAUGAAACGACGUUGGGUCAAAAAUGAGCUUCUGACUUUUGAGCCAAAGAAAAUGGAAGCACUCAAUUCAGCAACACAGAACGCUUUUCAGUCAAUCAUGCGGCAGGUGAAAUACCUUGAAGAUGCUGUUGUUGCAGGUGCAACUAAGAACCAGGCACUCACUGAACAAGUUGAAGCUCUACGACAAGAACUUAGAAACAGAAAUCAAGAGUUCAAUGCAGUACAGCAGAGACGAGAUGAUGCGAUGAGGCACUUCAUUGCUCAAGAAUUACGCAAUGUAGUAGGGAACCAUCAAAUUCAGAACCAUGGUCCACCGACCGGUACUGGUGCGCCAAGUCAACAAGAGGUGCACACUAGAGCCGUUGGAAAUGUUUCAGCAACUCAACCACUGCGGGAGACUGCAGAAAUACUAGUUGCUCCCGAAACCCAACAGAGACCACCAUCGCAACGCCAACAAGCUUUGCAACGAUCUACUGCAGCUCCUACUGUUGUCCAUCUCCAAUCAAUUCCACAUCAACCAGCCUUAGGUAAGGCUUUCCCAAAGCUAUGGUCGGGGAUUUUGCAAAAUUGGAUCAAUCUGAAGCUCGAGAAGUUCAUCCAUGUCCCAAAGAAUGGACGGAAUGGAUGGAACAAUGCAGAGAAUGCCAAAAGGUUUCACAAGCACUACCGAGGAUUCCUAUGUAUUCAGUCGGUUAUGGAAGAAAAUGAAACUGUCAAGGAUCUCAAGGGGGCAGCCUUUUUUUUGGACGACGAGCGAAGAAGUUUGAAGUUAAAUAUGACUGAACAUUUGCAGUUUAGAUGUAAACGUAACCCAAGCAUUCAAAGCAAAACAAUGAAAAAGCAAGCACCCAAGUCCAAUAAUACAGGAAGAGGAACCAAGAGACCCAAUGGUGAUGGUGGUACUACAGUACAACAUCCAAGAAAUAAGCGUUCUCGGCCCAAUAGCAAUGGCAAUGGCAGACCUCCCCUGCCCCCCUUCCACCCAGUGCAACCAAUGCAACAACAUCGUCAACAAAGAGUUGCCGGGCUGAAUAUGCAUCAGCUCGCAUAUGGCUCCAAAGUUGUUGAUAUCGAGGCAAACAGGGGAAUCAGAGGCGUCGCCCAAAGAUAUCAACAACGGACUAUGGCCGUAUCACAAUUCACAAACUCAAGGAAUUCUGCCUACCAUACCACCAACCUGUUGGCAAGAAAGCCUGCUGCAAUUCAAAGAAGAAGGAUUCAAUCGGCGAUUGGCCCCGGGGGGAAACGAGCAAGGAAUAAUCUUCUUCAAGCUACAGUGGCUCCCAUGGCAGAUCAAAGGUUCCAAGAAGCUGUUGCUGGAUUGACCCCUGAUGAAUAUUUGGAACACGCUGAUGCCAUUCGUCAAAAGAAAGUAGCUAUUGCAGCAAGCGUUCUUGCUGAGGUCAACAACAUAUAUAUAACUGAUGCAUUAAUCGUAUUAAAACUAUCUCAAGUUUCUAGAUUGCCGUUAACGGCUGUCAUGGCCAUUUACCAUACGGAGGUAAGAAGCCAAUUGUUCUUGCGCCCUAAUGCCCUGGGCGUAUCGAUCCAAGUGAAUGGAGAGCGUCCCGAUGGCACAGUGUUCCAGAUUGGAUUGCCACUCGAAAGUAUUGAAGCUUGUAUCCGUGCACUGUUUGGGAAUGAUAUGGAUCAAUGGAAAAGGGAGCAAGAGGCCCCAGAUGGGGACAAGUCUACUUGUGCUCAAAAGUUCUUUUCCAGACUUUUACCAUUUCUGGUCGAAGUUUUGGUCCAAGAUGGAAUCUACUUGAUUAUUGACCAUCCACAACAUGAGAUGUCAAUAAUGCUGCAUAAUAAAAUUCCUGGAUAUGCUCAAUGGGCUGCAAUGAAACGACGUUGGGUCAAAAAUGAGCUUCUGACUUUUGAGCCAAAGAAAAUGGAAGCACUCAAUUCAGCAACACAGAACGCUUUUCAGUCAAUCAUGCGGCAGGUGAAAUACCUUGAAGAUGCUGUUGUUGCAGGUGCAACUAAGAACCAGGCACUCACUGAACAAGUUGAAGCUCUACGACAAGAACUUAGAAACAGAAAUCAAGAGUUCAAUGCAGUACAGCAGAGACGAGAUGAUGCGAUGAGGCACUUCAUUGCUCAAGAAUUACGCAAUGUAGUAGGGAACCAUCAAAUUCAGAACCAUGGUCCACCGACCGGUACUGGUGCGCCAAGUCAACAAGAGGUGCACACUAGAGCCGUUGGAAAUGUUUCAGCAACUCAACCACUGCGGGAGACUGCAGAAAUACUAGUUGCUCCCGAAACCCAACAGAGACCACCAUCGCAACGCCAACAAGCUUUGCAACGAUCUACUGCAGCUCCUACUGUUGUCCAUCUCCAAUCAAUUCCACAUCAACCAGCCUUAGGUAAGGCUUUCCCAAAGCUAUGGUCGGGGAUUUUGCAAAAUUGGAUCAAUCUGAAGCUCGAGAAGUUCAUCCAUGUCCCAAAGAAUGGACGGAAUGGAUGGAACAAUGCAGAGAAUGCCAAAAGGUUUCACAAGCACUACCGAGGAUUCCUAUGUAUUCAGUCGGUUAUGGAAGAAAAUGAAACUGUCAAGGAUCUCAAGGGGGCAGCCUUUUUUUUGGACGACGAGCGAAGAAGUUUGAAGUUAAAUAUGACUGAACAUUUGCAGUUUAGAUGUAAACGUAACCCAAGCAUUCAAAGCAAAACAAUGAAAAAGCAAGCACCCAAGUCCAAUAAUACAGGAAGAGGAACCAAGAGACCCAAUGGUGAUGGUGGUACUACAGUACAACAUCCAAGAAAUAAGCGUUCUCGGCCCAAUAGCAAUGGCAAUGGCAGACCUCCCCUGCCCCCCUUCCACCCAGUGCAACCAAUGCAACAACAUCGUCAACAAAGAGUUGCCGGGCUGAAUAUGCAUCAGCUCGCAUAUGGCUCCAAAGUUGUUGAUAUCGAGGCAAACAGGGGAAUCAGAGGCGUCGCCCAAAGAUAUCAACAACGGACUAUGGCCGUAUCACAAUUCACAAACUCAAGGAAUUCUGCCUACCAUACCACCAACCUGUUGGCAAGAAAGCCUGCUGCAAUUCAAAGAAGAAGGAUUCAAUCGGCGAUUGGCCCCGGGGGGAAACGAGCAAGGAAUAAUCUUCUUCAAGCUACAGUGGCUCCCAUGGCAGAUCAAAGGUUCCAAGAAGCUGUUGCUGGAUUGACCCCUGAUGAAUAUUUGGAACACGCUGAUGCCAUUCGUCAAAAGAAAGUAGCUAUUGCAGCAAGCGUUCUUGCUGAGGUCAACAACAUAUAUAUAACUGAUGCAUUAAUCGUAUUAAAACUAUCUCAAGUUUCUAGAUUGCCGUUAACGGCUGUCAUGGCCAUUUACCAUACGGAGGUAAGAAGCCAAUUGUUCUUGCGCCCUAAUGCCCUGGGCGUAUCGAUCCAAGUGAAUGGAGAGCGUCCCGAUGGCACAGUGUUCCAGAUUGGAUUGCCACUCGAAAGUAUUGAAGCUUGUAUCCGUGCACUGUUUGGGAAUGAUAUGGAUCAAUGGAAAAGGGAGCAAGAGGCCCCAGAUGGGGACAAGUCUACUUGUGCUCAAAAGUUCUUUUCCAGACUUUUACCAUUUCUGGUCGAAGUUUUGGUCCAAGAUGGAAUCUACUUGAUUAUUGACCAUCCACAACAUGAGAUGUCAAUAAUGCUGCAUAAUAAAAUUCCUGGAUAUGCUCAAUGGGCUGCAAUGAAACGACGUUGGGUCAAAAAUGAGCUUCUGACUUUUGAGCCAAAGAAAAUGGAAGCACUCAAUUCAGCAACACAGAACGCUUUUCAGUCAAUCAUGCGGCAGGUGAAAUACCUUGAAGAUGCUGUUGUUGCAGGUGCAACUAAGAACCAGGCACUCACUGAACAAGUUGAAGCUCUACGACAAGAACUUAGAAACAGAAAUCAAGAGUUCAAUGCAGUACAGCAGAGACGAGAUGAUGCGAUGAGGCACUUCAUUGCUCAAGAAUUACGCAAUGUAGUAGGGAACCAUCAAAUUCAGAACCAUGGUCCACCGACCGGUACUGGUGCGCCAAGUCAACAAGAGGUGCACACUAGAGCCGUUGGAAAUGUUUCAGCAACUCAACCACUGCGGGAGACUGCAGAAAUACUAGUUGCUCCCGAAACCCAACAGAGACCACCAUCGCAACGCCAACAAGCUUUGCAACGAUCUACUGCAGCUCCUACUGUUGUCCAUCUCCAAUCAAUUCCACAUCAACCAGCCUUAGGUAAGGCUUUCCCAAAGCUAUGGUCGGGGAUUUUGCAAAAUUGGAUCAAUCUGAAGCUCGAGAAGUUCAUCCAUGUCCCAAAGAAUGGACGGAAUGGAUGGAACAAUGCAGAGAAUGCCAAAAGGUUUCACAAGCACUACCGAGGAUUCCUAUGUAUUCAGUCGGUUAUGGAAGAAAAUGAAACUGUCAAGGAUCUCAAGGGGGCAGCCUUUUUUUUGGACGACGAGCGAAGAAGUUUGAAGUUAAAUAUGACUGAACAUUUGCAGUUUAGAUGUAAACGUAACCCAAGCAUUCAAAGCAAAACAAUGAAAAAGCAAGCACCCAAGUCCAAUAAUACAGGAAGAGGAACCAAGAGACCCAAUGGUGAUGGUGGUACUACAGUACAACAUCCAAGAAAUAAGCGUUCUCGGCCCAAUAGCAAUGGCAAUGGCAGACCUCCCCUGCCCCCCUUCCACCCAGUGCAACCAAUGCAACAACAUCGUCAACAAAGAGUUGCCGGGCUGAAUAUGCAUCAGCUCGCAUAUGGCUCCAAAGUUGUUGAUAUCGAGGCAAACAGGGGAAUCAGAGGCGUCGCCCAAAGAUAUCAACAACGGACUAUGGCCGUAUCACAAUUCACAAACUCAAGGAAUUCUGCCUACCAUACCACCAACCUGUUGGCAAGAAAGCCUGCUGCAAUUCAAAGAAGAAGGAUUCAAUCGGCGAUUGGCCCCGGGGGGAAACGAGCAAGGAAUAAUCUUCUUCAAGCUACAGUGGCUCCCAUGGCAGAUCAAAGGUUCCAAGAAGCUGUUGCUGGACUGACCCCUGAUGAAUAUUUGGAACACGCUGAUGCCAUUCGUCAAAAGAAAGUAGCUAUUGCAGCAAGCGUUCUUGCUGAGGUCAACAACAACAACAACAACAACUCCAGACUUGUUUGCCGCCAAAGCAUCAAUCCUGCCCAUCUAUGCCCCAUUGAAGGGUGCAAUGGAGAUGUACCAGAAGGUGGUGGAAGCACCAUGCCACCGAUACACAAAUGCUACAACAUACGAAACUGCAACAAGAAGGUACAUCAUGUUUGCGCCGACAGGUCAGGGCUGCAUGGACGGAAUGAGAUGAAUGUGUAUUGCUCAAUAGAAUGUAGAGAAAUGAGACCGGACUGA